ACGCAACAACACGCUCAUUGAAGCGAAUGAACUUGUGCUGUCUGAACCCGUCCCAGUGGAUCAUUGCUGUUCACAUCCCACUCCACGAUCUUCGCCAUCAUAAUUCACAAGACCUUUGGUUGCUAUAGCGCUCCAUUGCACUGUGUGUGUUACAUUCAUAUCAAAUAAGCUGCUUUGAGUGUGUAUCUGCAAGCAUUGUCAACAAGCCAGAAAGAUUCAUUCGAUUGCUACUUUCUCGUCUAGCCAUCAGCUACUACCGUACAACGAUCGCCUAAUGGAUGCAGCGGCGAGAGCAGUCCUGUGUGUAGUGAGAAACUGAGUGAGCAGGCUGGACUUAUCUGGUACUGCAUGAUUGGUCCAAGAGAUCUGACUUAAGGCGAGGCGAAGCGAAUUAGGCUUGUUGCGCGUUGCUUUUCUGUCGUGGUGGGCUGUUGUGUUGCUGCUGGACAGCCACUGACUGACCUGUGCGAGAGAACAAGAAAUGCCUCAUCAGUCCAGGGGUUUUUGGUGUUGCGAUCAUUGUAAACUGCCUUGUGACUCUGUGGAAGAAGCCAAACAACACGAAGACCAGGAGUGCCAACAGAACCCAAAUAAGCCGCAACAACAACGGCCGCAAGAGCAAGAACACAAAUCAGAAGGAGAACAAGAACUCCAGCAGCAGCAACGGGCCCAAUUGCCACAGCAUCAACAAAUACAGCAGCAGCAAUUCCAGCCAGCUUUUUACCACCCUCAACGAGUUCCACCUGCGCAUUUUCCCGGAUUUUAUCCUCCAGCCAUGGCUCCAGUUCCCAAUUCUGCGGCUGCCACUGCCAUCAAACAGGAAGGUGGGGGUAGCAGCUAUGAACCACAGCCUGCCCGUCGGAAAACAUUCCCUCUAAUGGGGCUCAAUGAACAAAGUCAUAUGAAUGCUGAUGAUACCGUGGCUUGCCAGAGUCUGGAAGUUUUUGAAGCCAGCCAAAGAGAAAUUUCGGAUGAAGAACUACGGUCGCAGUUUGCGGGUCUGGCAAUGGGGCAGCUAGGCCUACGCUGCAUUCACUGCUCCAACAGCCCUCAAUCACUCAGUGAAGCCACAUAUUUCCCUGGCAGUGCUGCUGGGAUUGAAUCAAUGGCAGAUGGAGUCAGAUUGCUAUCAGAAAGACAUUUGAGAAAGUGCGACAUGGCGCCUGCUUCCGUAAAAGAUAUCAAUCAGCAAGCCACUGAAAAACGACGGUCCAACAACCAGGAACGGGGUUCUUCCUGGCAACAGGACGACGAACGAAGUCGCUCGGCACUGAGAAACUGGUGCUUUCGGUUCUGUCAACGUCUGGGGAUUGUAGACAAGGGACCGCACGGAAGAGGGCUUGUUUUCAUUCAAAAUCAGGGAGAUAUCAUGCAGGGCCGAAGGCCCAUGAUGGGUGCUGAUCCAAUAGUGCCAACACCCAUGGCCCGCCGACGGACUCACGAUAGUGGCGAGUACCGCCCGGGGUAUGACCCCUUUGUUGCUGCAGGAGGUGAGGGAUACUACAUGACACAGGAAGGACCAAUGACGGCCCAAUCCCCUCAUAGGGGAUUCCAACAACAGCAAGCAAUGUCUCCUUUUGACAUGACGGGAGGCUUUCCAUUCUUUCAAGAUGCUGUGGGAAGCUGGUCCUGCAAAUACUGUAACCAUAUACCGCCACCUUACAGAGAACCACAAUGGAAUUGGUCUGCACCCAAUCACAUGCCGCCCCCACCUCAAUACGUAGACCAGCAUCUGAACGUGUGCAGAGGCUAUCACCAUUCACUGCAAAAUCAACCUAUUUUUCAGGGUGGAGCUCCUCAGUUCGCCUUUGGAACGCCACAGCAGUUUCAAGGUGCCUUCGGUGGUGGCGGCGGCGGCGGGAGUCAAGGCUGGGAGGGGCAAGGGCCAAGCAACCAAGCUCAGCCAAUGUCGUUUGCUUAUUCACAGCAUGCCAACCCAGAGACCAGCACGCAACGAUCCUACCCUUCCACGCCUCAUCAGAUGCCUGUGAGUGGGGGAGGUCCGGGGCCUGACUAUGGCGAUGCGCCCAGUCGCUUGGUCAUGUCGCAGCCACGAGCUCCCAUUGCCUCUAGUGCAGCGUCUCUUCGGCCUGAUGCCAGUUCUGCGGUUCAACGUGCCAUCGACUACUUGGCAACAACCGAUAGAGAGGCUGCUUUCGCUGCAGGCGUUGCACCUGGCGACGAGACAGACCAGCUUGUACUAGAGGAAGACAAGCUGCUCCUCACAGACUACUUUUUCUAUCUUAUGAAGCAGCUUCGGCUGUGUCGCUUUUCAGAAUCCGAUCGAAAGACACGUGGGGGCAAACGGGAGAAGAUUGUGAUUGGCUUUGGAGGGCUUCAGUGCAUCCAUUGUUCCGAGGCAAACAAUUCACGAAAGUUCUUCUGGAGCAAUGUGGAUCGAUUAGCCAACAGCUUUGCAGAGAUUCCGGGCCACAUUCUGAAGUGUCGACACUGUCCUCAGCAAACAAAGGAUGCUUUGUACCAGUUGAAGCAACUGCAUCCAGAGCAAAUGGCUCGCCUGCCACGAGGGUCUCAAAAGGUUUUCUUCCGGCGCAUGUGGCGACGUUUGCAUGACGAGGAUCCUCAGGCCGCCAGUCCCGGUCAAUCAACGCCUCGACAGCAAGCUGCAGCGCCCGCUAUUGGCGGUGACAUUGACACAAAGUUUCCGGCCGUAGCAACAAAAACGUCUGAUACCUCCCCAAGUGCUACCAGUGGAAGCGAAGAGAGCAUUCUAUUAAUGCAACGUUCCACAAAAGAGGCUGCCAAGGCGCUGGCUGAUUCACUGUCUAUGAACUUCCCGCCGUCGCCAACAUCUCGGGUGCUGUUGGCCAUUCCCGAGGACAAGGAGUGGCUAUCCGACACGGACUGCUUUACACGGCGGCAGAUCGAGGUAUUCUGUGCCACCCGAGAAGACGUUGAUGUAGCUCGCAACGACCGCAAGUUUCCAGUGCACGAGGGGCAGGUCGGGAUCCGGUGCAUCCACUGUGCGCUUGCAAAGCAGGGUGUCGGGGCUCGUGGCUCGGGUGUUGCUUACCCCUUCUCGGUAAGCGGCAUUUACGAAUCGGUGCGAGAGUUCCAACGGUUGCACUUGGACUCUUGCGAGAACCUGCCUGAGGACUUGAAAGCAAAGCUUGGUGACUUGAAAGGGUCGACUUCGCUCAGCUCUGUUCUUCGCAAGUAUUACGUUCUUGCCGCCAAAGCUCUCGGUUUGAAGGACACUCGGGAUGGUAUCCGGGCUGGCGCUGACUCUGUGCCGAUUGGUUCUCAAGCUGCAUUUGCUUUCUCGGACAGCGGAUCCUCUGGCGGCAUUAAUGAAGAAAUGCGCAGAUCCAUGAGCAAUCCUCGCUCUUAUGGAUCAGGAGCCGGGAGUCCCUCAUCUGCUGUGACACCAAUGGAGAGUCGCAAGCGCAAGUCACAGCAUGAGUCGCCAGAUAGUUCCGAGUUCAAGAGACCUCACUCCUCCUAGCCAGUUGCUUCCGAGUGGGCUCUUGCCAAAAAAAGCGGCACUGACCACGACUGACUCUGACGCCCCCCAUCAAUUGUUGUCGACACUGCUCCUCCAUUGUUGUUGACCACUGCAAGAUAUCUAUGUUUGGGAAUUACUACUGCUAUAAUGUUUGGCGUGCUACUGGGAUAUGGAAUAGAAGCAACGCCAAUGAUAGACUACUGCAAUAAUAUAUAAAUGGAAGGCCAGCUAGUUGUCUACCACUUCACAGUGCUUUCACUAAUAAUCGGAUAUCCCUUAUCCCAUGUACUAGCCAGACGGUUCAGGUGUAUUGUUGUAUGUGCGUGGAUGGCUUGAAUGGACCAACGCUGGAGGAAGUGACGAUGAAAUAGAAUGUUGUGAGCCAUCUCCUGGUAACUGGUACCUGGUACUCUGUACUGGUUAUGCAGCUUGUCUUGGCGCGGUCGACCUCCGCGCUACUGCUAGCUCUACGCUCAUCUCAAAUACUUGAUUUUCACCUUCAGCAUUAACCGAGAAUUGCACUGGUCGGUUCUUGGCAAUCUGGAUAUGGCGCUGCAACAGACAACAGAGAGAAAAUACAUGAAAAUUGUGUGGUCAGUGAAUUUGGUUAUACCGAUACCUGGUAGCCACUCGACUCGCCCCAUAGUUGCAUCCGAUUUUUUUCACUCAACUAAAGAACCCAAAUCAAUUACUACCCAAUGAACUCACCUCGACCACCUUCAAAACAUCCCUUUGCAAGUCCUCCAUGUUGACUUUUUCCAGCAACUCGGAUCCUCUUUGAGAUGCCAGAAUCACGCUUAAUCUGUCCUUCGCGACUGACCGCGUUGUUGCUGUAGCGGCUGCUGUAGCACCGCCACCACUCAUGAACUUGGCUAUGAAUGACAUGACUCUUUCCUAUUGGCAACUUGCAGGUGACUUGACUUCUUUGUUACGGAGAAAGAUGAUGGAUGCUGUUGAUGUGUGCGUGAGAGAAUGUGAGAAUUGCACCGGCAGCGUCUAUUUUUGAAAGCACCUCAAAUCACAAUAAUAUU